AUGUUAUCAGUAAAAUCUUCAGAAAUUUCUAAAAAUCUGUAUAUAAAUUGUGAAAAAUACCCUUCUGGUUCUUUUGUAUUUGUUAUUUCAUUUGAAAUAGAUUGUAAAAGAUUUUUAAUUAAAUUUGUUUCUAUUACUCUAACAAAUUGUAAAAGUUUUUUAACAAAUUGUAAAAGUUCUUUAGUUAAGGCUGUGUAUACUAAAACUUCUGCUUUAGCUAUAAAUCAUGAAGAUACUGCAAUUCCUUAUGUAUUUAUUCAAGUUUCUACUGCUGCAUUUAUGUUUACUUCUAUUAACCAAAAACUUGAAGAAUAUUUACUACCUGCUAUAUUAAAACUUCAAAGAGAUGAAAUUCACCAAUAUGUUUUUUAUAAUACUAUACAAGUUAGUCAAGAAGUAAUUGAUAAGUUUGGUAAAUAUGAUUCUUUACCUAAUCAAUAUUUAGAAGAUAUAUCUGAUGCUUACCAAAUAACUGCAGCAUGUAUGAUUUCUGACAUUAAUAAAGAUCAAAUUUCAUCCAUCAAAUUUGAAGCUGAAACUACACAUAUUAUUCCUCAACAUACUAUUCCUUUUCUGAUUGCAAUUUAUGAAACAUCACAAGAUUUUAUUACUCAGCAUGAACAACUUUCAGACAUUCAAUUAUAUGAAGAUGAGCAAGAUAAACAAAAUGGAAACAUAAAUAAUAUUGAAUUAGAUGUAGAAGAUGACGAAUCUAUACCAAAUGACUAUAUUGUUGAAACAGAGUUUUUUAAGUGUGAAACCAAAUAUAUAACAGAUUCGAAAGUAUGUUAUACUAUAAAUUGGAAGGAAGGACACAUAAAAUGGAAUAUUAGCACAAAAUCCUUUACGUCGGUUGUUAAUUUGUUUUUACAAAAAAUCAAUCAGAAUCGAUCAACUAAACUUUCUGGUCCCCGUUUAUUUAAUAAAGAAAAUUCUCCUUUUAUUCUUAAUAAUCCCAAUAAACAAACUAAGCCUAAAGGACGUCCAAAAGGUACAAAAAGACUUAAGGCAAGUCAUGAAAAAGAAAAGUGUACUCAAUAUAAAUGUGGGAAUUGUGGUGAUUUGGGUCAUAACAAGCGAAAUUGUAAUAUUUUAAGAUAGAUAUCAAUUGUUAACACAGUAUUAGAAUUUAGCAAUAAAGUUUAUUAAAGUUUCGUUGUUAUUGUAAUUUCAAAGUGUUUCUACAUCUUUAUAAACAUUACCACAACCCUUCUAAAUAAAAAGAAAAAGGCUAUUACAUACACCAUUACUCAUAUAACACUUACUAACACUUCGCCAAAGUAAAAAAGAAGAAUCUUCAUGAUGUUAAAGCUUAGCUUCCACAACGAAAAAAUUCCAAAAAAAAAGAAAAAAUUAAGUUAAUAUAGUUUCUAAAAGCUAUUAUUACAUACACAAUUACCAAAUAAUACCUACCAAGAGCUUCUACAACGAAAA